AUGUGGAGUAAGCUUGAUAGGGCUAUGGUGAACAAUGAUUGGGUACAAGUGGGGUUUAAUAAUCUUGCUAAUUUUCUACCAUCAAGAUGCCUUUUCGAUCGCUCAUCAUGCAUUGUAUCACUCUUUGGGCUUGAUAAAAGCAAGAAAAAUACUCUUAGGUUCUUCAAUAUGUGGAUCAACCAUGAAAGCUUCCAUGAGGUUGUACAAAAUUGCCGGGAACUUGAGGUUAGGGGAACGAAGCAACUCACUCUAUGUAAAAAGUUGCAAAGUCUUAAGGUGAGGCUUAAGAAGCUUAAUAAGAAACAUUUUGCCCACAUUUCCAAGAGGGCCGAUAUGGCUACUUUGGCUUUGAAAGAGACACAAGUGGAAUUACAUGAUGAUCAUCUUAAUGUUGAACUUCAAAGUAAUGUAGCACGCACGAGGAAAAAAGCUUUGGGUCUUUGUGAAGGGGAAAUGAGCUUUUAUUUCCAAAAAGUUAAACGUGAGCACUUUAAGAAUAGUGAUAAAUGCACCAAAUUCUUUCACUCGAUGGUAAAGAGGAAUGCCAAAAAGAAUUUCAUUGCUACCGUGUGUGAAGAGAUGGGGGGAGGGGGUUUCGUGUUAUCAAAAGAGCAUGGUUUGGCAUUAAUUUGGGAGAUUUCGAGACAAGAGAUCAAAUAUACGUUAUUUUCUAUUGGAGAUGAUAAAUCCCUGAGUCCGGAUAGAUACUCAUCUUGCUUCUUCGAAAAGUCUUGGGGUAUUAUUGGCAGAGAAUUUUAUGCGAGUGGUCAAAGAAUUCUUUAA